AAGGGAUAGAGGGAGUAGUUAAUUUACUUUAAUACGGAAUAAAAGAACAAAAAGAUGUGCAUAACCUUAAUAAUUCCUGGUUUGUGUGCCCUGUAAAUUAGCUAACAGUGGCAGUGAUAUGUGGAGUAAACCGAAGAACACCAAACUUCAAUGGCUUCUCUAUCUCUUUGUUUAAAACCAUUCAAAUUUUACCCCGUCAAAUUUUCUCUCUCUCAAAAUUUUAAAACCCCAGUAAAUUACAAUAACAUAAUCAGUUAUAGUAAUAAUGACAAUUUUAAUUUCAAUGUUAAAGGUAAAGAUUUGAAGCCCAUAAUUAUCACCGGCAAUCCUCCCACUUUCGUCUCUGCUCCUGAUCGCCGUAUUGUCGCCGUGGGGGAUUUGCAUGGAGAUUUGUCUAAGGCAAGAUGGGCGCUCAACAUGGCCGGAGUCUUGAGUUCAGAUGGUCGAGACUUGUGGACUGGUGGCGAGACGGUGUUGAUACAGCUUGGAGAUAUACUUGAUCGAGGGGAGGAUGAAAUAGCUAUCUUGUCAUUGUUGCGGUCUCUUGAUAUUCAGGCAAGAGUGGAAGGAGGAGCUGUCUUCCAGGUCAAUGGAAAUCACGAAACCAUGAACAUAGAAGGUGAUUACAGAUACGUUGAUUCUGGGGGAUUUGAAGAGUGCGUGGAUUUCCUGGAGUACCUGAAUGAGUGUAAUCACAAUUGGGAUGAAGCUUUCAUUGGCUGGAAUACUGUUUCAGAGAGGCGGAAAGAAGAUUGUCGAAAAUACCAAAAUAACUUUGAUCCUUGGAAUCUAGUCAAGAGGCAGAGAGGAGUUAUUGCCCGGUCAGUCCUCCUUCAACCAGGAGGCCGACUUGCUCGUGAAUUAGCACGGCAUCCCAUUGUCCUUAAGGUUAAUGAUUGGGUCUUUUGUCACGGAGGACUUCUUCCUCACCAUGUUGGUUAUGGCAUAGAGAGGAUGAACAAAGAGGUUUCCCAUUGGAUGAGAGUGGAGAAUGACAAUGACGAUACUACAUCCCCUCUUCCUUUCAUUGCCACCAGGGGAUAUGAUAGUGUUGUUUGGAAUCGCUUAUACUCGAGAGAUACUUCAGAUUUGGCUGAAUAUGAAAUUAACCAGAUACAUGAAAUGCUUGAAGAAACUUUACGGGCUCUAGGUGCUAAAGCGAUGGUGGUGGGUCAUACCCCUCAGAUUAAUGGGGUGAAUUGUGAAUAUAAUUGUAGCAUAUGGCGCGUUGAUGUAGGGAUGUCUAGUGGAGUUCUUGAUUCAAGACCAGAGGUUUUGGAAAUCAACGGCGACAAAGCAAGAGCAAUUAGAAGCCAUGGUGAUGCGUCCAAUGAAUUACAUGUUCUCAGCUACAUAUAAAACAAAAGAAAAAAGUAACUGAAAUGGGAGCAAUGUGAUUAAUUUGGCCAAUCUUGUAAAUAUUGAGCCAAUAUGUUUGUUUGUUGAUAAUAAUGGUUUUGUGUUUAUUACUGAUUUCAGUCAAAGAUCACAAGAUGAAGACAAUUGUACUACCACUUAAGUUAAAUUGUCUUUGUUUACAAGAGGUUGAGUUUUCAAUAAUUCAUGACAUGCAUGGUUAACUCGACACAUGCAAAAAUC